UUUAUUUCAGACGCUCAACGCACGUGCAGCCACGAACCCCCGAUCGUAGCUUGACCAGCGAUGGUCUCUCAAUCGACGCUAAGUAUUGAAUGUGGGGCCGGAUGCUUCCGCCGACUAGUUACCCGUCGACGGUCACAAGACUGACAGCAGGGUCCCAUGCUUUUCGCGCUACGGAAGCUAGCAGAAAAAAAUAUCUCUCUAUGAGCAACGCCUACCAGGCCCACCGCAUCAAUCAAAAAACCAGCACGCCAAGAGAAAGCACUUCAGAGGGUAUCGCAGUAAAAAUUAAAGAAACAAUGAAGACAAACUCCGCCUACUGGCUAUCUUGGUCGUUACGAAGACAAGGAAAAACUCAGCUCUGCUGAUGACGUGACAAAUGUGCAAUAGAGAAAAGAAGGAACAGAGAAUGGUACUAAAAUUAUAAGGAGCGUGUUGGUGUCUGGGAAACAGGCACGAGGCAUGAACAUUGUGCGUUGCUGCUUAUUCGGCAUGCUCGCACAUCCUUCCAAUGGCUUGCUCGAUGUCCGAAAACAGGCUCAGGACGUCGCCAUCGGCAUAAAUUUUAAUCGACUCGACAUCUUUACGUUCGAUG